AUGAUAUGGGUUCCAUGGAGAAUCCAUUUGCAUUUUAGAAAGCAAGGCAUCAAUGGCCCUAACUACCGUCCCAUCUUUGGGAACACGAAUGAGUAUCGUAAUUCAUUUACUGAAGCACGGAAGAAAACAAUGUCUUUUAACCACGAUAUUGUCCAUCGAGUAACCCCAUUUUAUCAUGAAUGGUCACGCAAGUAUGGGAAGACGUUCCUCUACUGGUUUGGAGUCAUUCCCAUAUUGGCUACAGCUGAUCUGGACAUGAUAAAGGAGAUUUUCUUGAACACGGGUGGUGGAUCAUUUGAGAAGGUAAGACUUAACCCUCAGGCUAAGCUGCUCUUCGGACAGGGGCUUAAUGGUUUGAUUGGCGAGGAGUGGGCUCUUCAUAGGAGGAUUGCGAACCAGGCUUUUAUGAUGGAGCGGAUUAAGUGUUGCGGGAUAGAAAUUAUGGCAAGCACAAUGAAGAUGCUAAAAAAGUGGGAGGAAAUAAGAGGAGAGAAAGAUGAGUUUGAGAUGGAUGUACAUAAAGAAUUUCAAGGCCUUGCAUCAGAUGUUAUAUCUAAAACAGCUUUUGGAAGCAAUUAUGAGGAGGGGAAGCGCGUAUUCGCGUUACAGGACAGACAGAAGCAGCUAGUCUUCGAUGCUAUAGGAAAUGAUGGGAAGGAAGAGAAAUUGGGGGUUGAGGAGAUUAUAAAUGAAUGCAAGGCCUUCUACUUUGCAGGAAAGGAAUCUAUGGCCGAUCUUUUGACUUGGGCACUUCUUCUUUUAGCACUGCAUCAGGAAUGGCAAAACAAGGCACGGGAAGAAGUGUUAUCUGUCUGUAGAGGAAAUGAAGUUCCAGUUUCAGAGAAAGUAAAUGAUCUUAAGAUUGUGAACUUGAUAAUCCAUGAAACACUUCGGCUUUACCCUCCAGCUGUGAUGUUGAUGAGGCAAACAACCAAAAAGGUAAAGUUGAGAGCCCUCGAUGUUCCUGCCGGCACACAAUUUUUUCUGGCCCUGCCUUCUAUUCAUCAUGACACUGAUAUAUGGGGAAAAGAUGCUAAUGAGUUCAAUCCGCUAAGAUUCAACGAGCCUAGAAGUCACUUGGCUUCAUUUUUUCCAUUUGGUUUAGGUCCUAGAAUCUGUGUUGGAAAAAAUCUAGCAAUUAUGGAAGCAAAAGUUGCCCUGGCCACGAUAAUAAGGCAUUACUCUUUUGUAGUGUCCCCCACCUACCUUCAUGCUCCAAGACUCUUGAUAAGCAUGCAGCCUCAGUAUGGUGCGCAACUCCUCCUCCGUCGGAUUGCAAAAGAAUUUGCCAAUACAAGUGUUGUAGGUUCUUUGCUCUCUUCCUCAAUUAGGACUUUGGGGGACGGUGCCCUAGUAAAGCAAGGCAUAAGUGGCCCUAACUACCGUCCGAUCUUCGGAAACACACCUGAGUACCGCCGUCUGUUUAGUGAAGUACGAUCAAAGCCAAUGCCUUUUAACCACGACAUCGUCCGCCGAGUGGCCCCAUUUUACUAUGAGUGGUCGCGCAAGUAUGGGAAGACGUUCCUCUAUUGGUUCGGAACCAAGCCAACGUUGGCUAUAUCUGAUCCUGAUAUGAUUAAGGAGGUUCUCAUGAAUACGGGUGAUGGGUCGUUUCAGAAGGCGCAAAACAACCCUAUAGCUAAGCUGCUCUUUGGACAGGGACUUAAUGGCCUGGAUGGUGAGGAGUGGGCUCUUCAUAGGAGGAUCGCAAACCAGGCGUUUACGAUUGAGCGGGUUAAGUGUUGGGUGCCAGAAAUAGUGGAAAGCAUUACCAAGAUGCUAAUGAAGUGGGAGGAAAUAAGAGGAGGGAGAGAUGAGUUUGAGAUUGAUGUACAUAAAGAGCUUCAGAACUUCACAUCAGACGUUAUAGCCAAAACGGCUUUUGGAAGCAAUUAUGAAGAAGGGAAACGUAUAUUUUCAUUACAAGAUCAACAUAAGUUCCUCGCCUACCAGGCUUUUGGAAAUGUCUAUAUUCCAGGGUUCAGGUUUUUGCCCACCAAGAAAAACAGGCAGAGGUGGAAAUUCGACAAGGAAACUCGUGAAGCAAUACGGUAUUUGAUCAAAACUAACAACAGUGAAAGAGAGAAUUCAAGGAACCUACUCAGUUUAUUGAUGUCUUCCUAUAAAAAUCAAGAAGGCGAGGAAGAGAAACUAGGGAUUGAGGAGAUUAUAAAUGAAUGCAAGACCUUCUACUUCUCAGGAAAGGAAUCUACUGCCGAUCUUUUGACUUGGGCACUUCUCCUUUUAGCUUUGCAUCAAGAAUGGCAAAACAAGGCAAGAGAAGAAGUGUUUUCCAUCUAUGGAGAGAAUGAACCUAUAGCUGCAGAGAAGUUAAAUGACCUUAAGAUUGUGAACUCGAUUAUCUGUGAAACACAGCGACUUUAUCCUCCAGUAGUGAUGUUGCCGAGGCAGACUUCUAAAAAUGUCAAAUUGGGAACUCUCGACGUUCCAGCUGGCACACAUUUCUAUUUAGCCUUGCCUUCUGUUCAUCAUGAUCCUGAUAUAUGGGGAAACGAUGCUAAUGAGUUCAAUCCCCUAAGAUUCAAUGAGCCGAGAAAUCACCUGGCUUCAUUUUUUCCAUUCGGGAUCGGUCCUAGAAUGUGUGUUGGUAAAAAUUUAGCAGUCAUGGAGCCUCUUGCUGAGCACACAACCUCAAUAUGGUGCUCAGAUCCUCUUUCGCAGGCUUUGAAAUUGAAAGGAGCUUUGUAUGGUGCUGGGUGCAAGACUUCAAACAGCAUCAUUGCUCCUUCUUCCAUCAGCUGUACCGAACUUGUCCAUUUCAGAAAGCAAGGCAUAAGUGGCCCCAACUACCGUCCACUCUUCGGGAACGCACCUGAGUUUAGUCGUCUAUUUAGCGAAGCACGGUCAAAGCCAAUGUCUUUCAACCACGAUGUGGUCCCUCGAGUGGCCCCAUUUUACUAUGAGUGGUCGCAGAAGUACGGGAAGACGUUCCUCUAUUGGUUUGGAACCAAGCCCACGUUGGCCAUAUCAGACCCUGAUAUGAUUAAAGAGGUUCUUAUGAACACGGAUGGUGGGUUGUUUGAGAAAGCACGAAAUAACCCUCUGGCUAAGCUGCUCUUUGGACAGGGACUUAUUGGGCUCAGCGGUGCGGAGUGGGCACUUCAUAGGAGGAUCGCAAACCAGGCUUUUAUGAUUGAGCGAGUGAAGUGUUGGGUGCCAGGAAUUGUUGCAAGUACCGCGAAGAUGCUAACAAAAUGGGAGGAAAUAAGAGGAGGGAGAGAUGAGUUUGAGAUGGAUGUGAUGGAUGAUCUUCAGGACCUCUCAGCAGACGUUAUAUCCAAAACCGCUUUUGGAAGCAGCUAUGAAGAAGGGCGGCGUAUAUUUGCAUUACAGGAACAACAAAAGUACCUUGCCUUCCAGGCUUUAGGAAAUGCUUAUAUUCCGGGGUUCAGACUCGGCAUAGAAUAUUAUUCAAGUUAUGAAAGUAAUCGUUCUGUUGUCAUUGAACUCAAAUGGACGAGAAUGAAGACGGCAAAGAAAAGAAAAAUAGGAAAGGAAACUACUGCCGAUCUUGUGACAUGGGCACUUCUCCUUUUAGCAUUCCAUCAUGAAUGGCAAACCAAGGCACGGGAAGAAGUGUUUUGCGUGUAUGGAGGGAAGGAACUUCCAGUUGCAGAGAAGUUAAAUGACCUUAAGAUUCUCCAAGACAAGGAGCUACAACUUUUCAAUGAAAAGAUGAAAUCGAAGGAUAUGAAGGAUAUGAAACAUAAGGAAAAAUUGAAUUUGAUACUCAACGAAACGCUGCGGCUUUACCCUCCAGUUCUGAUGUUGAUGCGGCAAACAUCUAAGAAGGUGAGGUUGGGGACCAUCGACAUUCCUCCUGAUACACAACUCUAUUUGCCUUUGCCUGCUGUCCAGCAUGACACUGAUAUAUGGGGAAAAGAUGCUAAUGAGUUCAAUCCUUUGAGAUUCAACGAGUCUCGAAAGCACUUGGCCUCGUUUUUUCCAUUUGCGAUGGGCCCUAGAAUUUGUGUUGGUCAAAGUUUAGCAAUUAUGGAGGCAAAGAUUGCCCUAGCCAUGAUAAUCAGACAGUACUCUUUGGCUGUGUCUCCCACUUAUGUUCAUGCUCCAAACCUGUUUAUAAGCAUGCAGCCUCAAUACGGUGCACAGAUCCUCUUUCGCAAGAUUUCAAAUUGA